AGCUUCCGCUCUUACGGCGCUCCGUGGCCCGCGUCCGAGACGAGAUCGCGAGAUCUCGCUGGGUCGGUCACGUGACACCGUACUUCCACAGUUAUUUUUUCAGGCAUGAUGGCGCCAAACGCCAGUAUCUACUUUUAUGUAAAUAUAUUAUUGAUUUGGUGCGUACCGCGAUCAAGCACGAGCGUUCGCCGUAUCGCGGCCGGCCGUCGAAAGUAGCCCCGUCGCGGGGUAGCGCGCGGACCGCCGGCGGAGUGAGUAACGGACUGGCCUGGGCCGCCCGCCUGGAAUCGCUAAUGAGGACAUGUUGGUUAGGCUGCCGUGACACAGAGAGAGAGAGGAGGCCGUUACGCACUUGCUCGCAGCAGCCCGUCGGCGUGUUCGCGGCGGCUCGGGAGCGCGCACGGCGACCGCCGGCGGCCCCGCGGCCGGUUUCACGCCCGCACGCGAUCACGUGCCGCCUCGCGCGCGGAAAUAUAUCCGGCUAAUAGAUCAAUAAUAAGGUAUUUAAUGGUCUUCCCGAGUGUGUGUGUGUGCGGGGGAGACUUGUGGUGGAGUGCGCCCGACGCUGCUGCCAUCUGUAUUGUCAAUGUUGUCGGCCAGCAGCAGCAGCACCAGCAGCAGCAGCAGCAGGAUCACCAGCAGCAGCAGCAGCACCAACAGCAUCAGCAGCAGCGUAAUGGAUUCUGAAGAAAAUCUACUUUCCAGAUAAUAAAUAUAUGGAUAACUAUGUAGGUGCACACAGCUCACCUGCAUGUGCCACGUACCACUAGCUCACUUGGUAUAGUAGAAUGGCACAACGAGGCAAGAGAGUCCACAGAAACGACAAUGAUCUGGCGUCUUAUCCGGGCGCUAUUAAGAGGCGCAAGUGUAGACUGGGCCCAGCUGCCACAGGUUCAUCGUCACUGGCAGCAACCAUGGGGCCCUCAGAAGAGGAGGAAACGAUGGCGUCAUCCAGCCAAGUGGGGGCAUCCUGGACCCCCCGACCUGUCAGUGAUAUCAAGAUCUCCAGCAUAUACAACCGAUCGGCUGCUGAGGCACCAGCAGAGUUAUUUCGCAAGGACCUGAUCAGUGCUAUGAAAUUGCCGGACAGUGAACCGUUGAGUCCGAACGAGUAUUGGGUUAUAACUGAUCAGUGGAAGCAGGAGUGGGAAAGAGGUGUUCAAGUACCCGUUAAUCCGGAUUCUCUUCCCGAACCGAUGGUUACUGUUAUGCAGACGUCUCCUUUAAAGUUACACACCGAAUUCAAAUUGCCUAAAAAGUUCAUAAGAAUAACUCGUGAUGAUUAUUUUAACUCGGAAGACCAUCAUUUAAGUACCACCCCAGCGAGAGCGGAGAAAGCCUGUGCUUAUGACCUUGACGAUGCUGACAUUGCCUGGCUGGAUAUAUUUAAUGGCGAACGAGCGCAGGCUGGACAAUUGCCAAUUACGGAGUCGCAAUUGGAACGUGUCAUGGAAGAGUUGGAGGUGCGAUGUUGGGAGAGGAUACAGACGAUUGUGAAGAACGAAGAGGGGCUUGGAAUCGAGUACGACGAAAACGUCAUUUGUGAUGUGUGCAGAUCGCCGGAUUCGGAGGAGGGCAAUGAGAUGGUGUUUUGUGAUUGUUGCAACAUAUGUGUACAUCAAGCUUGUUACGGUAUUACCUCGAUACCUGAUGGCUCUUGGUUAUGUAGAACUUGUUCGUUAAGUCAAAGACCCGACUGUGUAUUAUGCCCUAAUAAGGGUGGUGCAAUGAAGUGUACACGAAGUGGUCAGAAAUGGGCUCAUGUAUCGUGUGCGCUCUGGAUUCCCGAAGUUAGCAUUGGUUGCGUGGAGCGAAUGGAGCCAAUCACGAAAAUAUCCAGUAUUCCGCAAAGUCGGUGGGCCCUAAUUUGCGUUUUAUGCCGCGAACGCGUGGGUGCCUGCAUUCAGUGCAGUAUAAAGACAUGUAAGACAGCGUACCACGUAACGUGCGCAUUCAAGUAUGGGCUCGAGAUGAAGGCGAUCAUCGAGGAUGAGAUGGCAGACGACGGCGUGAAAUUGAGGUCGUAUUGUCAAAAGCACAGUAGAACGAAUACAAAAGACAAAGUCGGCGUUGGUGGUAGCGUAGGAAGCGGCGGUGGAAAGGGUGGCUCGGAUUCCGAAGACGGCGAGUCCAGACGGCGCAAACGAAAAGACAUGACUUCCGAGGAGAAGAAUCAAGCGCGCGCAGCUAAGUUGCAGGAAAUCGAGGCGGAAUUUGACAAGCAUGUUAGUAUAAAGGACAUUACCUCUCAGCAAUUGGAUAUAGAUCCCGAUAGCAUUGUGUACAUUUAUAACUACUGGAAGCUGAAAAGAAGGGCCGGCCAUAACAAGCCGCUGUUAGCGCCUCGUUGCGGGGAGCUAUCGAGCGCGGGGGCGCGCGCCCAGGGUCAAGCGGCGGACAUGGAGAAGAUGCGCACGUUCGUGCAGCUGCGCCAGGACCUCGAGCGAGUGCGCAACCUCUGCUACAUGGUGGGCCGUCGCGAGAAACUCUGUCGCUCCUUCCUGCGACUGCGCGAGCAGACCUUCCACAAGCAGGCCCUGCUGCUGGCGGGGCCGCCGUUGCCGCCGGCGGCGGCCGCCGCGGUCGUCGAGGCGAACCACGGCCCGUCUAUAUACGACCGCCUCUACUCCCACCCGGAUUCCGAGGAUCACACCCACGACUUCGAGACGAUCGUCGCGCGGAUCGCGGGCGUCAAGUCGCCGACGCCGGUGUCGAGCGACGAGAAGAAGGUGCAGCUGGACUUCAACGGCGCGUCCAACAAGAAGCUGUACUUCAACGGCUCCGUGAGGAGAAAGAGUCUGUACGGCAGCGACCUGUCGAUCAGCAGCAGCGAGACCGAGGUGACGAAGCCGACGAAGACGGCCGCCGGCAAGUGCGCGAGCAAAUCGAAGCAGCCGGCCGGCGUGAAGGCCGAGCUCGAGUCGAGCACGGAGGAAGAGGCGGACGCGUCGAAGAGCAAAACGCCCGCCCGGCGAAAAUCGAAGAAGGCCAGCGCGCCGGACAGGCCGCGGCCUAAACUACGGGACAACAGCGAGAGCGACAAGCUGGACACCGUCAACAGCAGAUCGCGCACCUUGCAGCACAUGGAGAAGGAGCUCGGCAGCGCGUCCGGGAGCGAGAGCGACGACGAGUUCCUGCCGUUGAGCACGAACGCCGCUUCUCGCCUCGGGCCCUCCGUCGCCUCUGCCAUCUACUCGGACACCGACUCGGACUCGGUGGAGCAUCACUCCUCGCACUCGGCCGUGCUCAUCACCAAGGCCGCGGUGAAGGAGUUCUCGGCAGCGGAGAUCUCGAAGAACGCCACCUCCCAGAAGAACUUCGCGAACAAGGACAGGCAAGAGUACCACCACGCGGACGAGCCGAAGAGCAAGGAGAACGCGAAGGGCUCGAAGAAGAAGGAGUACAUACCGUCUGCCCUGAUAGUGCCGCAGCGGCAGGCGGCGAAGAAGGCGUCGGAGAUAAUGCAGCGCGCCCAGGGCAAGAAGGAGAACACCGUGAACGAGCCCGUGGAGUUUGUCAAGUCGCCCGGGGAGGAGCAGCCGGUCAAGCCGGCGAAGCCCUCGUCGGCCAAGGAGAAACCGUCCAGCAAGAAGCAGCGCGACAGCAAGCCGGCCAAGGACACGAAGAAUAACGACGUCUACGACUUCGACAAGGACUUCGGUGACGGCACCGAGAUCCUGGCUUACGUGCCGCAGCGGCAGGCCGCGAAGAAGGCCGCGGAGCACAUCAAGAGCGGCAUGGGCACCAAGACUGCUCCACCGGACUUGGAGACCGCGGAGGUGAAAGGGACGAAGAAGGAACUGCCGGACGGCGGCAAGAGGAAAGACGCGAAGAAGGAGGAGUCGCCGAAGAAAGAGGAGCUGCCGAGGAAGGAUGAGCCGCCGACGAAGGAGAGGAAAGGUAACAAGAAGCCGGUGGCAGCCGAGAGCAGCAAGAGUGCGUCCUCCGCGUUGACGAGCAACAGCGAGAGCAGCAGCAGCAGCAGCUGCAGCAGCUCCUCCGAGAGCAGCAGCGACUCGGACGUGGCGAAGAGCCCGUUGCAGAAGAGCGCCAACAAGGAGCCGACCUCCUCGUCGACCACCACCACCUCCUCCGAGAGCGACACCGGCAAUCAGGUGAAGAGCAGCAACAGGACCCUGAACAAACGGCAAGUGAACAAAGUCGUGCACGACGACAACGAGGCCGAGAAGUCUCUCGCGGGGCGGAAACUCAAGAAGCUGCCCGAUAAGAAGCUUAAAACUUCCGACGGGCGGCAUGGACCAGAGUUUCAGCCGCCGCUUACUGAGAGAGAAGAAUCAGGUCGAGCCAUCGUUCCUAAAGAGUCGCAACAACAGCAGCAGCAUCAUCACCAUCACCACCCGCAGCAGCAGCAGCCAUCACUCGGUAAGAAAGCAGAUCAAAGAGAUUCCAAAAAGUCCGUGCAAUCAUCACAGCAACAACAACAACAACAUCAACAAACAGGCCAAGGUGUGCUCGCUGGGUCUCGAGAUAAUGAUGGGCUACGAAGUGUACCUGGGCCCAAGUCUACCAAAAAAUCUGGUCAGCCUGUCAGACAGACCCAGCAGUCUGCGUCUCGAAGCAAGGAGGACGCAGGCUCCCGAGCGAAGUCGGAGACUCGCAAACGAAAAUCAAGCGAGACCGCCGCGAAGGACGAGAAGGUCGUUAAGGAGUCGCUGCCGCUCAAGAAGGUGGAAAAGAAACUGAGCGAGAGGUCGAGCCGGGAGACCGAGAAGGAGAGCAAGCACGACAUUAGCGGUAAGAACGCGCCGGAAGCAACGGCCGAGCCGACGAAGACGAGCGAGAACAGCACCGCCGGCGUCGCCAAGGCGGACGACAAGAAGACGAAGAAGACGAGCCACAGGAACGCGAUCAAUACUCUGGAGGAGGAGAUGAAGCAGCGACGGGCCGAACGCGACGCCCCGAAGAAGCCAUCGAGGGGGCUGGACAAGCUGCUCGAGAAGCGCGAGCACCUCGACAAGCUGUCGCGCAACCGAACGGCCGCCGGGCAGGAGGUGAAGCUGGAGAAAACGUCCUUUGUCGAGGAGAACAACGACAAGGACGUGCUGCCGGAGAAGCCCGUUGCCAAGGAGACCUUCAAGGUCGAGGACGACGUGAAGAACCACAUGAGCGAGCAGGCGGAGGUGUUGAACACCACGAAAGUGGAGAAAGAGGAGGAGUCGGAGAAGGACAUCGUCGAGGUCGUGCCGGAUAAGCCGGAGCGCAGGAAGAAGGUCGAGCAGAAGCCGGAGAGUGUCGGCGAGGCGCAGGCCGUCGAGACGGUGGCUGUCGGAGGGCCGGUGGACGUCGGCAAGGAGGCCGGCGACAACAACGUCUGCUCGAAGUCGGCGCCGGAGAAAGCGCCGGUGCUGACGGUCGACGUGGUGCCCGAGAAGGAGUGCCAGAAGAGGAGGAAGUCCGUGAAUCGGUCCAUCUUCUCGCCGCAGCACCACGGCGGCAAGGACCCGAGCGUGUCGGAGCUGUUCGACUUCGACCACGACGUGCUGACGGACGACAUGGUGAUCGACGACGGCAUCAGCAUACCGCGCGACGAGGAGCGCGCGGCGCCGCUCACCUUCUCCUUCAACAACGAGCUCUGGUUCAAGGAGGACUCGAAGGAGGACAGCGCGCGCGAGACCCUGCACCUGGUGGAGAAGCUCCGCAUGGAACUCUCGAAGAAGUCGAAUUCUAGUCAGUUCGAGUUGGAGUCGGUUCCGGCGGAGGAGGAGCCCAGGAAGGAGGAGGCGCAGCCGGAGAAGCCCGUGUUGGAGCAGCCGCAGCAGCUGAUACUCCCGGAGAAGGCGGAGGUCCCGGAGCAGCCGGUGGAGCAGCAGCCGCCUCCGGCGGUCCUCGAGAUGAAGAACGACGAGCCCAUGCAGGUGGAGCCCGAGGACGACGAGCUGGUCAAGUGCAAGAGCCACGGGGCGAUGGAGGAGAAGAGGAAGCCCUGCUACUCGAGCAACAACAGCGAGCACUACAUGUACGGGAACGAGGAGCGCGAGACGACGGCGAAGGUGACGGUGGUGGAGCGCGCCAAGCUGGAGAUGGACGCGGACGCGGACGAGAGAUGGGUGCCGCCGAGCUUGCCACCCUGUCCGCCGGAGAACUACAAUCUCGGGGCGCUGAUGGACAACCAGAACCACCGGUACGCCGGCCACCCGCAGUUCCCGAACGACAUCGGCGCGGUGAUGCCGGACACCGGGAACCCCGACCUGGUCCACCUGCAGCUCAACAUCAACAUGCAGGAGCAGUACCUGCAGCUGCAGCAGACCCACUCGAUGGAGCGGGUGCAGUCGCACCUGGAGCAGCAGCAGCACGCCGAGCAGUCGCGGGUGCAGUCGCUCGCGAUGAUGGACCAGCAGGUGAUCCCGGCGCAGAUGUCCGUGGAGGACAGCCUGACGCCGAUGGAGAUGGUGAACCGCCACCUGAUCGGCCUGCCGAACUCCGAGGACGACCAGGGCAGCGAGAUGGACCGCGUGCUGGACAAGGACGAGAUCUCGCCGGACAUCAGGCAGGACUACACGCAGGGCGGCUCGCCUUACAACGAGCUGAACGGCGCCCGGCCGGACACGCGUUGGGCGGAGAGUCAGGUGCUCCCGUCGCGACGUUCCACCUCGUCCUCCAUCACGUCGGCCUCCUCGGCGGAGGAGCACGCGGCCAUGCCGCCGUACAAGGGCGUGCCGCCGAUCCCGUACCCGCCCUGCACGAUGGACGCGGCGCCUUACCACUACUCGGAGACGAGCUCCUACGGCGCCGGCGCGGUCUCUCUCUUCCCGCCGCAGUCCUGCAACGCACCCUUGCCCUAUCCGUCGCCGGGCACGGCCAUGUUCCCGCCGCCCUUCGGCGCGGCCUUCCCCACGCCGCAGUCCUUGCUGCCGCACGUGCCGAAGCCGCUCGAGGAGUCGCUCAACAUGCAGGCUUCCCCGUGCACCGCGGCCUUCACCUCGUCGUCGCACAACAUGGCGCUCACCGCAGCCAUGGUGUCGCCGACGAAGGUGACGACGCCUCCCCCGCAGCCCCCGCUGCCGCAACCGGCGGUGCAACAGCCGCCGACACCGGUGCCACCGCAGCUGCAGCCGUCGGAGGCGUUGCCGCAGCAGGUGAACUCGCCCACCGUGCCCGCGUCCUUCCUCAACGCCAUCCCGGAGACGCGGGUGAGCGAGACGGCGGCCGCGGAGAGCGUACCGGAAGUACUUACGGACAGCAAGAGCGCGCCUUGCGGCAAGAAGUCGCCCGCCAAACCGACGAGGACGUCCGCCCGGGUGACGUCGUUGCAGGGCAAGUCUCCGGGCAAGUCGCCGCGUCAAGAGACCGGCAAGAGCGUGCCGAGCGCUCGCGGUCGGGGCCGGGGCGCCAAGGGCAGCCAACAGUCGAGCUACCGAGGCCGCGGUCGCGGUCGGGGCAGACGCGGCCGGGGCAGCCAGAGCGCGAUGCCGAUGCCGGCCAUGGUGGCGAACGCGCUGCACAACGACGAUUCGAUCCAGAACAAGCUGGUCGGCACGGUGUACGACUUCGACUCGGACGAGGACUCCGCGAACGAGACCAACAUCGCGGACCUGCGGAUGAUGCGCGAGCGCAAGAAGUCGACCGACGUGAACGAGAAGCGCGUCGAGCCGCUCGGCUUGGCGAACGACGCCGUCCACCAGUCCCACCUCUCCAGUCCCGGCGGUCUGCACAAGAAGUACGGGGACGACAAGAAGCUGUCGUCGCCGGCGACGCACGACCCGGCCGGCCUCGGCAAGUCCGAGACGAGCGCGGGCCAGGCGUUCGCCGACACGGUGAUGCCGCUGCUGCCGGGCCCGGUGGAUAUGCGCACCUAUAACUCGACGGUGGACCAGCCGAGCUCGUCUGUGCACGGCCAGUCGUACGGCAACCACCUGCUGGGCUCGUUCGCCGCGGGCGUGUCCGCCGACCCGAACCUCCAGGACAUGGAGGACUUCGAGAGCGAGCUGCAUUCCGUGCUGAAGAAGGCGAGCACCGGCAAGCAGCAGCUGGUCGCGAGCGACGGCCUGGAGGCCGGCUGCGUGAAGCCGGGCUACGCCGACCCGUCGGCCAUCGACCCGGCCGCCGCGUCCAGCUUCAACGACACCACCAACAAGGUCUCUCUGACGGACUCGAGGAACCAGCUGAAGGUGAAGAUCAAGGGUCCGUUCCUCGACGCCAACUACGUGCCGGCGUCGUCGGUGCCGCCGUUGGCGCAGCAGGCGCCGGUCAUCAUCACCCCGACCGCCAACACCGCGGCCGUCGCGUCCGGCACGUCGAACCUGCGUCGCAUGCGGAAGAAGGAGCUGCUGCGGCAGUACUGCUCGCAGGACAUGAACAUGGACGACCCGGCGCGCGAGAACGUCACCUCCGCGCCCAUCAACAUGCAGCCGAUCAACCACGGUCAGCGCACGGUCAUCACCAUCCCCAAGGCGGUCGCGUCCAUGACCAGCAUACCGACCCGGGAGGACUACAAGGCGGUCGUCGACGCGAACAUGGAGAAGAAACGGCGGAAAGAGCGCGGCGGCGGUGGCAGCGCCGGCAACGCCGCGAGCGUCGCCGUCGGCGCCACCGCCGGCGGCGGCUUCCUCGACGUCACCGCCGAGGAGGAGGCCGGCUCCGAGAGGAGACGCAGCAUCAUGGUCAGCACGGUCGACCGGCGCAGGGGCCGGCAGGCCAGGCCGACCGCGACCGCGGUGACGAACAGCGCGCACCCGAAGCUGAAGAUCAAGAUCGGCAACAGCAUAAUCGGCGGGCAAGAGGUAGGUAACGCGCAGGACGAUUGCAGCAGGAUCCGGCCGCCGAAGAAGCGGCUCAGCAGCAUCCCCAUCACCGCGCCCAGCAUGGAGGAGCUGCGUCGUGAGAGUAUGAAGUUCCGCAAGAUGAUCAUGGCCGGCUUCGACAACGACGAGAAGACGAAGGCGCGCAGCAAGCGCGACAAGAACGGCAAGCGGAAGAAGCGGCAGUACAGCAAGAAGGAGGCCAGGGUGCAGAUCUUGGAGGGCGACGCGCCCAAGCUGAUCAUUCGGCUGGGCAAGCCGGGCGCCAACUCGACCUCCAGCAGCGCCGCCGCCGCCUCGGCGAGCGUCGACGCGGCGACGAGCGACGUGUCCGCGAUCUUGCUCGCAGCCGGCGACGAGAACGCCAAUCAGCAGGGAUCGACCGAUAACAAGGACAGUCGAGUGGGCCCACCGCCGCCGGAGCCUUCCAAGGAGGAGGUGGUCUAUCCGGUGGAGGGCGGCCUCGACGAGAAGCAGCCGACGGAGCCGAACGCCGGCGCCACCGCCCUCAGGAACGUCCGGUCGGCGAAGGUCACGCCGAUCCGGUUAAAACUGACCCGCUGCCUGGAGGGCUAUGAACUCAAGGAUCCGGUGGCGAGUAGCGCGAGUGUGGACGAUGCCAGUCGUGGCGGUAGUAAUAACAGUAGUGCGACCACGACGGCGACGGUGGUGAACUCGGUGGCGCCGUUGCCGGUCCAGGAGGUGUGGUGA